AUGGACCACUGGACAAAGCCUUACAUAGUCGCCAUCAUCAUACGGGUGAUCUUCGCAGGCAUGUUCGUUAUCAACAAGGCCGCAAUAGACCACGGAUUGAACAGCUUCGUCUUCAUCUUCUACCGCCAGAUAGCCGCGUCUCUUCUCUUGCUGCCAAUUGCAGUCCUUCUCGAGAGGAGAAAUGCAAGAUCCAUGUCGUCCGCAUUGCUCUUCAAGAUCUUCGUGUGCGCCUUGAUCGGGAUUACAGUCAGCGGCACCCUGUACAACGUGAGCCUGAAGUUGACAUCAGCAACGGUGGUAGCAGCAUCAACCAACUCCAUUCCCGUGAUUACUUUCUGCUUGGCGCUUCUAUUAAGGAUGGAGGAAGUGAAGCUGAGGAGCCCAUCGGGCAUAGCCAAGCUGACUGGCGUGGCGCUCUGUCUUGCCGGCGUCUUUGUCAUUGCCUUCUACACCGGGGAGUUGCUAAGCGCCGUCAACCAUCACCAUGCCUUCGCUGUUCCCACCCAUGCCUCCUCCGCGAAAACGUUGAUGGGAGCCGCGUGGAUCAAAGGGACGUUCGUCGCCGUGGUCGCUGCCCUGGCAUAUGUCCUCUGGCUCAUCCUGCAGGCCGCCGUGCUCAAGGAGUUUCCGAACAAGAUGCUUGUGAUGGUGACACAAUGCUUGUUCAGCGUGGUGCAAUCGUUCUUAGCCGCAGUGGUAGCUGAGAGGGACUUCUCGAUGUGGAAGCUCCGGCUAGACAUCGGCUUGCUCGCGAUCUUUUACUCGGGGUUUGCGGUGGCUGGAGUGAACUACUAUCUCCAAGCAUGGUGCAUGGAGAUGAGGGGGCCUGUCUUCCUCACCGCUUGGACUCCACUCAGCUUCGUCCUAACAAUAUUCUGUUCGUCCUUCUUUCUAGGAGAGAUGGUUCACCUCGGCAGCAUUAUUGGUGGACUUCUGUUAUGUGGAGGCCUUUACAGUAUGCUAUGGGGUAAAAGCAGAGAAACAAAGACCGUGCAGUGCAACAUAGAGGCCACCACAGUCGACGACGGUGCUCAAGAUGAGGUUCACUGA